AUUUGUUCGUUUCGGAUACAGGCACAAUUUCGAACAAAUACUACAUUGAAAUCACACCGUCCGGAUGGACCUUCAGCAUUUGGGGGAUCAUUUACACAUGGCAGGCACUCUGGAUUGUCUAUGCAUUGGUCAAUUUAUUCCGGAAAUCAGAAAAGGGACCUUUCUACACUUACCCAGUGCUACUUCCGGUUCCGUUCUUAGUUUCGUAUUUAUUGAACUUGGUCUUCAAUUGUGGAUGGCUGAUAUCAUUUGACAGGGAGAUACUUGAACUCGCCGCGGUUCUGCUGUUCCUGAUCACUGUAACUCUAUAUGUGUGUCUAUUCUUCUCUUACAGAUAUCUUGACAGAUCAAUUGACAUCUUAAUUAAACAGGAAAGGAAGACGGAUGUUUGGCUUACCCGUUUUCUGGUGCAAAACGGUCUCAGUAUGUACGCCACCUGGUGUACCAUUGCAACCCUCCUUAAUUUUGCAAUUGUUCAUACAUAUCGUUCUUCCCAUGACAUCGGUCAACAAAAUGCUUCUACAGUAAGCCUCAGCAUAUUGUCGGCCGCUAUUGUUGUAUUCUUGGUGACCGAUUGGGUUUUCUUGGAUCGUUACACGCGCUACACAUUUACGCCAUAUAUCGUUCUCGUCAUGGCAUUGACCGGAAGUUUAACGAAGAACUACGAAGCAGGUGCUCGCAAUACAACAAUUACUAUCGUUCUGCUUGCGAUAUCUGGGGUUGCUGCGCUGGUGAAGACAUUUUUGCUGUUUUGGAGACAUAUCAGAAAAACGCAAGACGGGGUUAAAAUAACGACCACUGACGGAAUACAAGUGUGAAAUCAAACACUGAUGCCAUCUAUAAUGCAUAAUAAUUAACUUACAGACAAAAAUUUGUGAAUGAAUUACAAAUCCAUACUCGUUCAGUUGGAAACAUCUUUCGAGAUAAAAGUGAUUUCAUUUUCUGAUCACUGGUGCUGUAUAAGUGUAUAUGCAUGUUGUACAUUCGAGUUUACGAAAAAAUGUAAAAAAAAAGUUUAUAGUUUAUGUGUACAUUAUAUACCUUGUUUCUUUCUGCUUUUUAUUGUUAUGUUCUUUUUUUUUAAAAUACAUGUAAAGUAAA